CAAUGGGUACUCCGACAGCUAAGGGGUAUAUAUAUACGGAUAGAUAUACAUAUACAUAUAUAAAUGAUAUAAUAGUUAGUACGAUACAGAUAUAGUCAGUCAAUCACCAAAUAAUUAUAAUGCAUAAAGUUGAAAAAUUAGUAAUUAGUCCAUUACCAAAGACUUCCUUUGGUUGUUCCGUAACUCUUCCAGGGUAUGCCAAUAACGAUCCUAGUAAUUUAAACGAUGAAGAUUUCAAAAGUUUAUAUGAAGCGGUUCUUACUUAUCUUGUAGUUGUUAUUCCUGGUCAAGAAGAAUUAGCUCCUAAAUCACAAUAUAUUUUAACCAAAAGAUUUGAUCCAUCUAUUCCUGAACCAAAGCCUGAUUCAGGUUAUGCAGGUUAUGGUCAUGGUAAAGAAUUUAGACAUCAACAAUCAGUAUUAAGAAAAGAUGGUACUAGUGUUAAAUCUCAACCUCAAGUUCAAAUAUUAGGUCAAGGUGUAUUUGAAGCAAAUGAACCUGGUAAUGAAAAUGGUGAAGCAAUAAGUUUAACUCAUCCAUCUCAUACUAGUUUCCAUCAUACUCCAUUAACAGAAGAUCAAAUUAAGAAUGAACAUAGAACUAGAUUUUAUAGAUGGCAUAUUGAUAGUGCAUUAUAUGAUUUAUCUCCACCAUUAAUUACUACUUUAUUAGGUAUAAAAGUUCCUCCAUCAACUCAAACUCAAAAAAUUAUAUAUGAAGAUGGAUCAGGAGAUGAAUUAGAAUUAACUCAAGGUGCUACAUGUUUUGUUAGUGGAGCUAAUGCUUAUAAAAAUUUGAGUUUAGAAGAUAAAGAAUUUGCUGCCAAUACUAUAGUUGAAUAUGCACCACAUCCAUAUAUUUUUAUAUCACCAGCUGGUGCUACAUCAGAUGGAUUAACUAUGGUUAGUGAAUCAAAAGAAUUUUCCUUUGAUAAAUUACCAGAAUGGGAAGAAUCUAAAGUUAAAAAAUUACCAAUGUUAUGGACUAAUCCAGUUACAAAAGAACAACAUUUACAAUUACAUGGAUGUUGUUUAUAUAAAUUACAUACUAAACAAGCCGAUGGAUCAAUUAAAACUUUAGAAUUAGAAGAUGCACGUAAGAAGGCUCAUCAACUUAUGAGACCUUCAAUUAGUCCAAAAGAAGUGUUGGCCCAUUCUUGGAAACAAGGAGAUUUGGUAUUAUUCUUUAAUAGAGGAGUAUGGCAUUCAGUUACUGGAGAAUUUAAAGGAGUAGCAGCUGAUGGUAAAGAUGAGAGAAGAUUAAUGCAUCAAUGUAACAUUGCCAGUGGUCAAGAUCCUGUCUAUGUGAGUGCAUAAUAUCAAUUAUCUAUUACUAGUGAUUUAUUAUCAAUUGGAUAUGUUUAUAGUUUGUCAUUACAGUUUGUAGUUAAUCAAUAUAUUGUUAAGUAAACAAUUAC